AGUGGCGUAGGUCCUCUUUCUUUCUGAAUCGUUCAGUUUGCGGUAUCAUCUGUUUUGGUGUGGAUGUGUCCAGUGUUACAUUCUAUUGAGAAUAAUAUUGUAAUUUAUUUAUAUUAGUUUAAAAACAAAUGUCCACACAAGAAUCUGCAAUGAACGGAGAAGAUUUUUCACAAGAUGUUUCUGCAGAAAAUGCACAAAACGGUGCUGGAGACGCUCCUCGUAAUGAAGGCGGUAGUGCCGAUAUUCCCGGCCGUGACGACGAUAGGAAGUUGUUUGUUGGUGGUAUGAGCUGGGAAACGACAGAUAAGGAACUUCGUGAAUACUUUUCGAAAUAUGGAGAUAUCGAAAGCAUAAAUGUGAAAACCGAUCCCAACACUGGCAGGUCCAGGGGUUUUGCGUUUAUUGUCUUCACCUCCACAGAUGCCAUUGAAAAAGUUGUAAACGCCGGCGACCAUAUCAUCAAUGGAAAGAAGAUUGACCCCAAGAAAGCCAAAGCGAGGCACGGUAAAAUCUUUGUCGGUGGACUGACAGCAGAAUUGAGCGAUGAUGAUAUCAAGUCAUAUUUCGGUCAGUUUGGUCAGAUUUUGGAAGUUGAAAUGCCUUUUGACAAAACCAAGAAUCAGAGGAAAGCAUUCUGUUUCAUCACCUUUGAAUCCGAGCAAGUUGUAAAUGAACUCUUGAAAAUGCCAAAGCAAACCAUCAAAGACAAAGAGGUGAGUGAGAAAAGUAUACAAGCAUUUAAAAUGUUCCCAUUUUCUCAAUUCAUAUGAAUGUUCACAAAUAAU